AUGAACUUUAAGAUAAACGUUAAUCAAUUACCAAAGUUCAAAGCACCAAAAGGUGGUUUAGGUGGUAUUGGAGCACUACUUAUUGGUGGUGUUGCUCUUGUUGGUGCCUACAACUCUUUAUUGAAUGUUGAAGGUGGUCAUAGAGCCAUUGUAUUUAAUAGAUUUGUUGGUAUUAAACAAAAAGUAUAUACUGAAGGUACACACUUUAUCGUUCCAUGGUUUGAAAGACCAGAGAUAUAUGAUGUUCGUGCUAAACCAAGAAAUAUUGCAUCGUUGACUGGUAGCAAGGAUCUUCAAAUGGUAAACAUUACUAUUCGUGUCUUGUCAAAGCCAUCGGUUGCUCAUCUUCCAACUAUCUACAGAUCACUUGGAAAGGACUAUGAUGAACGUGUCCUCCCAUCCAUCGUCAAUGAAGUACUCAAGAGUGUCGUAGCUCAAUUCAAUGCUUCUCAAUUGAUCACUCAAAGAGAACAAGUUAGUAGAUUGAUUUACAAACGUUUAUCUGAUCGUGCUAGAGAUUUCCAUAUUGAAUUGGAUGAUGUUUCAAUUACACAUUUGAACUUUGGUAAAGAAUAUGCUGCAGCAAUUGAAUCAAAACAAGUAGCACAACAAGAUGCAGAGAGAGCAAGAUUUAUGGUUGAAAAGGCACAACAAGACAAGAGAAGUAUUAUUGUAAAGGCAGAGGGUGAGUCUCAAUCAGCUAAAUUGAUUUCAGAUUCUAUCAAACAAAACCCAGCCUUUUUACAAUUGAGAAAGAUUGAAGCUGCAAGAGACAUUGCUCAAGUCAUCUCUAAAUCACAAAACAAGGUCUUUGUUGACAGUGAAAAUUUAUUAUUAAAUUUAAACUUUUCUGAUGAAGCUCCACCUGCCAAAUAA